AGGUAUUCAUCCGUCGACCCAACCGUCAGAUUGCUGCUGAUUCAUCUGGGGAAUUGUGCAUCUGCAAAGCAUUUAAAGUAGAGAAGAUGAUUGGAAGAGCUCGAGCCCGUGCUAGAGGAAGAGCCCGUGGGCAAGAGACAUCUGCACAGCCUCCUGGACCUUUGCCUACUGCGCAGCCAACUCCACAGAUGCCUGGGCCACGUCAAACGGUUACACAUGCAGAAAGUGAACUUGUUGGGCGUGGGAGACAGAGAGGACCCCCUGGAGGAGUAACGCCAGAAGAACUUCAAGUCUCUAAGAUUUCGGCUGGAUUUCAGGAGAUGACCUUAGGGGAAAGAGGAGGACGUCGACGGGAUUUUCAUGAUACUGGGUUGAACACCAGGCAAUCAAUGGAACAUGUAAGGGAGAGUAAAACAGGUACUUCAGGUAGUGUAAUAAAGUUGACUACUAAUUUUUUUCGUCUGACAUCACGUCCACAGUGGACAUUAUAUCAGUAUCAUGUGGAGUAUAAUCCAGUGAUGGAGUCCAGACGUUUACGCACUGCGUUGCUGCUGUACCAUGAAGAGUUACUUGGAAGAACAAAUGCCUUUGAUGGUGCCAUACUGUUUUUGCCUAAAAGGCUAGAAAAGAAGGUUACAGAAGUAGUGAGUCAAACACGUAGUGGCCAGACCGUCAGAAUUACAAUUACUUUGACUAAUGAGCUGCCACCAACAUCCCCAGUAUGUCUGCAGUUCUACAAUAUAAUGUUCAGAAGGAAUUUAAGGCUGAGAUUCUUUGUGUUGGAGUUUGAGUUUUGUUUUUGUGAGACAAAGGUAUGUAUAUGUGCAAGUGAUGAUACUAAUACUGGGUUUGCAUUUUCCAGUUCUUUAGGUGCUCACAGUAUUAGUGGUGACAAGCAGAAUAACUAUUUAGAUGUGAACCUAAUUAAAGAUUCAAAUACUAACAGUUUUCAAUCCUGUGUAUAUAGGAAGUCCACCUUUUCUAAUGACUACCUAGAAUUUACAAGUAGUCACCCUUUAUUUGUAAAGAGAAAUAUUGUCAAGGACCAAAUGGUUAGGGUUGUUAAAAUGUGUUCUAAUUUUCGGUUGGUAGAAAUUGAAACCCAACGACUAUUGGACAUGUUUACAGCUAGGGGAUACCCUAUUGAAUUUGUUCCUCAAAUUAGGGACCAGGUCACCAGUAAAUGGGGUUCUAGGUUUAAACCAUUACUUGGGGCUGCAGAAGUCACAGUAGACCAAGUCCAGGUGGGUGGAAAAGAUUUUUCACAGGCAAUGGUGUUAACUCAUGGUGAAACUUCUGCCAGAGUUAAAAACAUUAUUAAAAUCAACUGUACCAUGUUUAAAGGGAACAAAGAUUUAUUGACUGUUAUUCGUAGUGAACCUUUUUUCACUUAUGAGAUUAACAGUAAUCUAAAACAUUUAUUGGAAAAUCCACAUCUGAUCAAUAAAAGAAACAUGAAAGGGACAACUAAGUGUGGGGCCUGUGACUCCUGUAGGUACAUUAAUGAUACCCCCAAGAUCAUGAUUUGGCCCGGUUUCGUUACUUCCAUUCUUCAGUAUGAAACAAGUAUCCUCUUAUGCACCGAUGUGAGCCACAAAGUUCUGCGUAAUGAAACUGCUCUGGAUUUCAUGCAUAACUUGCAUCAACAGACUGGAGAUGAGCGGUUCCGCGAAGCAUGCAUGAAGGAGCUUGUUGGUUUAAUUGUUCUGACAAGAUAUAACAAUAAAACGUACAGGAUUGAUGACAUUGCCUGGAAUCUGAGCCCAAGAUCCAAAUUUAAAAAGACUGAUGGCUCUGAGAUAAGUUUUGUGGAGUACUAUAAAAUGCAAUACAAUGAAGAGAUCACAGAGGUGAAUCAGCCCCUUUUGGUUAGUCAGGUUAGGAGUAGAAGAGGACCAGGUGGUGAAACCCAGCGUCCUGUAAAUUUGGUUCCAGAAUUCUGCUUCCUCACAGGUCUGACUGAGAGAAUGCGAAAUGAUUUUAGUGUGAUGAGAGAUAUGUCUGUUCACACAAGGUUGUCUCCAGAACAGAGGGAGCAGCGUAUUGGAAGAUUCAUUGACUAUUUACAAAGGGAUGAUAAUGUUCAGAAACAACUGAGAGAUUGGGGUUUAGGAUUUGAUUCUAAAUUACUUUCCCUUUCUGGAAGAGUUGUUCAACCUGAAAAGAUCCAUCAGGCAGGACAAGUUUUUGAGUAUAACCCUCAAGUAGCAGAGUGGUCCAGAGAGACGAGAGGAGCAGCGCUCAUCAGUGUAAAGCCACUGGACAAAUGGAUAAUGAUCUACACCCGGAGAAAUUCUGAUGCUGCUAAUGCUUUGAUCCAGAAUCUUUUCAAGGUCGUGCCCAGCAUGGGUGUUAGGAUUAACAGGGCAGUCAUGUAA